UCUGUUUUGGAAAACCUGAGGCUAGCUGUACGGUCUCAGCUUGGAUUUACUUCAAUCAGACUUCCUAUGGCAGGCAGAUCCAGCAACAUCUGGAAUCGUAUUUUUAAUUUUGCAAGAUCACGCCAUUCAGGGUCAUUGGCUCUGGUCUCAGCAGAUGGGGAUGAGGUUGCCCCUAGUCAGAGUACCAACAGAGAACCUGAAAGAAAUCAUACUCACAGAAGUUUGUUUUCUGUGGAAUCUGACGACACAGACACAGAAAAUGAGAGAAGAGAUACGGUAGGAGCAUCUGGCGGGGUUGCAGCUCCUUUGCCUCAAAAAAUCCCUCCCACAACAGCGGUAGAAGCAACAAUGGGAGCAAGUGGAAGUUCCUCCACUCAGAAUACCCGAGGUGGUCACACAGAAACCGGACGGGAUGUGACAAGUGCGGAACCCCCAAGUGUGAGUCCGGCGCGUCACCAGCUCACAAGUGCGCUAAGUCGUAUGACUCAGGGGCUACGUUGGGUACGUUUUACAUUAGGGCGAUCAAGCUCCGUAAGUCAGAACCAGAGCCCUUUGAGACAACUUGAUAAUGGGGUAAAUGGAAGAGAAGAAGAUGAUGAUGUCGAAAUGCUGAUUCCAUUUUCUGAAGGAGCUUCAGACUUUGACGCGAAUGACUGUUCCAGACCUCUUCUUGAUCUUGCCUCCGAUCAAGGGCAAAGGUUCAGACAACCAUAUAGUGCAGCAGACCCUGGAGUAAGACCAAGUAAUCGCGAUGGCCCCUGUGAGCGCUGCGGUAUUGUCCACACUGCCCAGAUACCAGACUCUUGCUUAGAAGCAAUGCUGAAAAAUGAAACGAGUGAUGAUGAAGCUUUGUUACUUUGUUAGGUACAAGAAUCCCGUCAGGGAGAUUGGAUACAAGUUGGAGCAAUAUCCAUUCAUUGUUUUGGAACUUUACAAUUAAACUAGUUUUAAUUUAAAAAGAAAAAAGAUGCAGGGUGAUUUCUUACUAUCAUAUGUUAGCCUGCAUGCUUAAAUUAAACACCUGUAACUCUAUAAACUUUAGAGUUUACUAUUUUAGCAGCUAAAAAUACAUUAUGUAUUCAGAUUGUUCAAUAAUGUUCUUCCAUUUGUUUCUAAUUGUUUUCAUCCUGGUACUGUAGUUCGCAGUAGAGAUAUGGCUGCAGAAACUCAUUUGACUGUCAGUUUCUAUCUAUCCUAUGUUAAAACGUUUCUUUGUUCAAAAUAAUACCUUCUUUUAAUUGAACCCUUUAUGCUUUUGCCAAUACAUCUUGUAACUUAAUAUACUAGAUGUUAAGGUUGUUAAUAUAAAAAGAGAAAAAGUCCUUAUUCUCACCUGUUUUUAUUUGUAUAACAUCUGUCUAAACAUUAUUAGAUUU